AUGUUUGGCCGUACACUCACCCGCCAGUUGUCGCGCCCGGCCUCGCGCCGCUGGCUGUCCACCGCGUCGGGUUCAGGUCUCCGCAUCAACCCGGAUCGUCUCAUGGAGACUCUUCAUCAAACAUGUGAAUGGGGAGCUGCUCAUCGCUACGGCGAUUUUUUCUGGGGUGGAACAUUCAGUCUGACGGGUUUGAGCGGCAGGGGACCGACAGAGACUGGCAUGGCCCGACUCUGCCUGACCGAUGAUGAUGCCAAAGUGCGCCAUUGGCUGCGAGAGGAGGUUGAGAAGCUCGAUUGCACCGUCACGGUGGACCAGAUGGGCAACAUGUUUGCCCGGAAGCGAGGGUCCUUGGGAUCCCCCGCGCCCAUGACGGCCAUGGGCAGCCAUCUUGACACUCAGCCCAGGGGUGGUCGUUAUGACGGGAUUUUGGGUGUGCUUGCGGCCCUGGAGGUCUUGCGCACUAUGAAGGAGAAUGGGUUCCGGACCAACUUCGACAUUGGACUGGUUAACUGGACCAAUGAGGAAGGUGCUCGAUUCCCCAAGUCCAUGUGCUCCUCAGGUGUCUGGGCAGGAGAAAUCCCCCUCGAGAAAGCCUGGGAAUUGACAGACAUCUUCAACCCGGCCGUGACCCUGCGCUCGGAGUUGGAGCGCCACGGCUUCCUCGGUUCGGUGGCCUGCUCCCAUGACCCAACUACUGGAUAUCCGCUGGGAGCUCACUUCGAACUGCACAUCGAGCAGGGUCCGAUUCUCGAAGAGGCGGGCAAAUCGGUGGGUGUCGUGCGUGGAGCACAGGGAUACCGCUGGUUCACCAUCACUGUGGGUGGUCGUGACGCCCACACCGGCACGACACCACUGGCAGCGCGUCGGGAUCCGGUUCUCGCUGCAUCCAAGAUGAUUGUGGCCUCUAAUGCCAUUGCCAAACGGCAUGGGGCACUCGCCUCCACAGGGGUGAUGAAGCUGCCGCGCAGUUCAUCCACCAACACGGUUGCCUCCGAGGUGACCUUCACCCUGGACAUCCGCCAUCCCCAGGAUGCUGUGGUGAACACGGUCCAGGACGAAUGUCUGCAGGCGUUUGCUGAGAUUGCACUGGAGGACGGCAAUGGCGUCUCGCUGGACUGGACGCUGGACACGGAUUCUGCGGCGGUGAAGUUUGACGAGCACUGCAUCACCGCUAUCCAGGAUGCAGCUACGCAGCUGGUCGGCAAGAACCAGUGGAUGCCAUUGACCAGCGGGGCGGGCCACGAUAGUGUGUAUACCAGUCGGCACUGUCCCACGGCGAUGAUCUUUGUGCCGUGCAAGGAGGGUGUCAGCCAUCAUCCUGAGGAGUAUUGUAGUCCGGCUGAUUGUGCUCUUGGUACCCAGACGCUGCUGGAAGCUGUGGUCAACUAUGACCGCAUGAGAGGAGAGCUUUCCAAGGCCUGA